AAGCGGUUCGGUGUAGGUAAAAGUCGCGUGCGCUGCGGCUCGCUGGGAACGCGGUGGUGUUCGGCGGGAGGCGCGCGGUGUCCGGUCUCCGGUGUCCGGUGUGCGGUGUCCUACACACCCAGUCCUCACACUUUCCUCUGUGUUUCUGCACAAAAGGAAAAGAACAAACAAACAAAACAAAACAAAAAAUCCAGGACCUGCAGCUUCAGCACAAAUUCUUUGCCGCAGCCUUGUUUAUUUAUUUCUGUAAAUAUCAUUUGUUUUUCUUUCUUUCUUUUGAACCGAAAGCACAUUUCAUUGCGCUGUAGAGGAUGCGCGCGCUGGUCUGGUCCUGCUGCACACCUUCUCCGACUUGCCUUGUGUGAAUGUCCUGUAAAUGCAGUGUGAUGUAGAGAGUCUUCUCCAUGGCGUCUCAGCAACAAUCCCGGAUCCAGUCUUACCUGGAGAGGAAUAAAAUCGGACCCCUGUUUGAGGAAAUGAUGACCAAACUGAUAACCGAGACCCCAGACCAUCCGAUUUCCUUCCUCAUCGGACAUUUACAAACCAAACAGGAAAGCCCCGGCCGGCUUCACCGGACACUGUCUGGAUCAGCAGCUCUGUGGGCCGAGAGCGACUGUUCAGAAAACAAGAGUCAUCGUCAUCGUGAUUUCAGGAGUUACGACCGAGCGUGGCAGAUUCACCCCAAAAAGCCCAAGAAGUCCAAGAGUGACUUAGCAGUGUCCAACAUUUCUCCUCCUUCUUCAGAGUCAAAGUCACUGCCUCGUUCCAUAGAGUGUCCCUCAUGGGACUGGAGGACCAAACCUGAGAGCCGAGACUUCGAUGAGCUCAACCAUAUCCUGCGGGAGAGCAAGAAGUUGGGCAAAGCGCUGGAGAACCUGUCCCGAAGUAUUGCCAUAUCUGAUGAUCUUGAUCAGGACCCGCAGCUUUAUAACUCUGUGUUGCGGCCCCGUGUGGUUGGUGAGUGGCUGGGCAGAGACGAGGACGACGCUGACCCAUUGGCGGCUGAGAUGCUCCAGCCACCCGUCCCUAGGGCAAAGAAUGAGGGAUGGAGCAGCCGAGACACAAGUCCUGCAGGAAGUCUGAAGAUGGAGGUGAAGACGAGAGGGCUGAAGCAGCAGCAGCAGCACCGAAAGAAGCUCCUGGCGGCCAUGUUGUCUCAGGAUUCGUUUGAGUCCAUGGCCAGCUCGGCUCCAUCCCUCACCGAGGACGAGAUGGAGGACGAGGACGAUGCAAUGGAACUUUUGGAGGACCUGGAUGACCUGAGGAUGGAGGGGGUCACUGGCCUGGUGUCUUCUGGUAGUAAGUUCAGCCAAGGGCGCAGCUCAUACUGCCCCGAACCGCAGGCCAAAGUCACCCUCAACAUCUGCUCAAGGUGUGCCAGGCUUCAGGGGGAUAGUCUCGCUCCGGCCGGCUCUGAGGAGGAACCAACGCCGCAUGUUCCCGAGCAGGCUGUGCCUGAAGUGACAUUGCUUGAUUUGGAACACCGCUUGACUGGCAGGACUGGAGUACCUCCACCUGAGCACAGGGGUCCAUUGCCUGGAGUGACAGAGCCUCCGACUGCCGCCGAGCUGGAACUUCUCAGCGCUUCUCAAGUGUCUGCUCCGCGUUACCCCGCAUGGGCGACGGACAUGAAGCCGGUGAGAGGCCCGAGCCCACAGGCCCAGAGGCGUGCUCUACAGCUCGAGGAGCUUCUCUUUUCUAAAGAAUUGGAGAACAUGGGCAAGCACCUCGCUGAGGUGGAGAAGGACUUGGCCAAGCUGGCUGAACAAGGCAAGCUCAGCAGGAGCCCCAUCAGCCCCCACAGCAGCUUGCUCCUGCCCAUGAACCCCCACAGUGCCAAUGCGCCACCUGUGCCAGGCUUCAGAUCCAAACCCAACUCUCCAAGCAAGACUCCCAUGCUGCCUCUCAUCAUCAGCCGAACUCAAUCUCCCAGCAACCCCUGCAGCCGAGCCCAGACUCCGAGCAGGCCGCAGACGCCAAGCAGGCCCCUGACCCCUAAGAGCCUCAUGAUGCGUUCUAUACCUAAUACUAGCCACGGAAACCCAGAUCGUAUAUACAGGCGCUCAAGAAGCAGACCGGUUACCCCGACUGGGCAAAUAACGCAACCUCUUUUGACCCCGCCAGGUCUCAGCAGCACAGACAGCUUUAGUCUGCGCAGCACACUGUCAGAGGAUGAGUUUUACCGGCAGCUGCAGGCCGUCAGACAGCCUUGGCUCAUCCCCAGUGAAACUGAGAGCGAGUGUAUGGAGCGUCCAGAGCAAGACAAGUGUAACCCUGGAGGAAUGAGAGAUGCCAAUAAACGAUCAGUGUUCUCAGGUAAGCCUGCUUAAUGUUUGCAAGGUUGCCAAGCUGAGAAGGAAAGAAUAAAGAGGCAACCCCAGAAGGGUCCAAACAAACCUGACAAGCCCAGUAUGAGAAUUUUUCUAUUCCCUCACUCUCUGUCAGUGAUCUCAUCCCAGACAUAUCUCAUGCUGCUUAGCCUUUCCCUUCAAAUUAAUCACGACUGAGUCAGAUGCCUUCACCCGCGUUUGUAUAGCUGCCUAUUAUUACCACAUCUUUAUUAGAAGAUAUAGAGCGGCUGCAAGAGUCCACAGGCUGCUGGUGAGGAAAGAGCAUGUCUGAUGCCCAUUUCCAUUGACUCAGGCAGCUCCAGAGGCAAAGGAGUGAGAGAAACGUCUGGCCGCUCCGUCUGCGGUCGUUGUUCUUAUGAGGAGAGGGAGGGAUUAUACAGGGGGUUUCUCUUUGCGACUUCAUCUAGAUCCAUGCACAAACACACACACCAUAAAAGAUCUGACUGGAUGGCAAUUCGUACAGCAGUUGGUUUUUAUACUUUCAUGUUUGUCUUUGGCAUGUUCUAAUAUUAAUAGGUCUGUUUAUGGUCAUUAUCGCAGCCAUUAUUCGUAAUAGUGGUUGGAUUUAAACGAAAACCCGUCUCUAAACAACUAAUCUUUUUUUUUUUUUUUUACAGGCUUAUAACGUGACAACUUCAGACCGAGACCCAAUCCUACGUAUGCAAUCUAAACGGGCAUUUUGAACAUUGUGACUUAUUUUGUUAUACUUCCUACAAAAAAAAAAUGGAUUGUGUACUUUUUUUUUCACAGAGGUUAAUAUUUCUUAGAACCUGGCACAUCUGUAUGCUAAAGUACAAAUACUUGAAAAUUAGAGAAUGUAGUAUGUCGAUAAGAAUGCCGUGUAUCUGUUUGAGCUGAUUUGUUAGCAUGCUUCUCGUUUGAAUUACGGGGGACGGUUUCUCGACACAUUGGCCUUGCGUUGAAGUCAUGUGUACGACUGUAUGUGCCAGCGGAUAGAAAAAAAAACAUAUUUUUGAUAACCGCAAAGGUAACUCAAACCUUGUUCAGCGUUGGAUGGAUGUGUAAAAUGUAAAGGAGCACCCUUAAGCCUGUUUUACACUGUAUGAUUAUUAGGUUGAUUUUAUUUUUAAAAAUCGCACGUCAUGCCAAAAGAUUCGGCUCAGCGCAGCAGAUUUGGUGUCACUCCAUCCAAAAAAAAAACCUGGAGUGCCGCUAGAGAGUGUCUGAACGUCAGGUGACUUGACCAAAAGCUCACUGGACAGCGACAGGUCCAUUAUUAGCUGUUUUAAAGUGUGCAAAAGAUGCCAAAAUCAUCCUUAUUACCUCACUUUCGAAGGCAUACACAGAACCUAGGCGUUUCCUUUAAAUCCAAGUAUCUCUAUUGCUAGUGACAGAAAGUGCGAUAUUUUCUUUUCUUCUGGGAUACAUGUGACGGAAUCAUACAGUGUAAAAGAGGCUUUCUCACGUGUAUCACUGCCCUUCACGAACAACACAGCAAGCACUCUUUUACUUCCUACAACGAACGGUGAGAUGUGGAACGAGAUUUAUUUAUUAUUUUGUACCAACGAUGCACUAUAUAGCCUGCUACCCCUUGUAUGAUGCAAAUUAAAAUGAUUUAUACCGUU